UCAGCAGUCAGUCACGGACCAUGCAAUAUGUCGGCGCCCAGCUCCGAAGCAAAGCGUUUCCUUGGAGAUGCUAGUAGCAGUGCUGCUGCCGCUGAAGAAGACGAAUAUGAGGUGGUGGAGGAACAGUUGGUUUUGGUGGAGUUAACAGGAAUUAUUGAUUUAGACAUCUUGGAAAAAUGUGACAACAGAUGCAAGAUUUUGGGAAUUAACACAGAAAAACCAUUCCUACAAGUUGAUAAAUACGUGUUUGCAGGAGAGUAUGAAGAUGCCCUUGGCACCUUUGUGAUAUUUGAAGAAACGUCAGAACAAGUGGAUGGAGAUAACCCAAAACCCCAGUUGAAAUACAAAUGUCAUACGACAAAGAAACUAAAUAUGACAAGGACAUUUUUGACAGAAAAGAAAGAAGGUGAUGAGGGAGUGGACAAAGUUGAAUGGUUCCAGAUUAAAGAUGAUGACAAUGCCUGUUGGCCCAACAUGAUAUGCAACUUUGCACAGGAGGGUGAAGAAGGUGAAAAUGCAGAGGAUGCAUCUCAGAGUGAACCUGAAGAAGAGCAGGAGCAGCUGGAUGUAUCAACUGAGGACUCUGGAAACCUGGAGCAAAGUGUUGAUAAUGAAAAGCAGGACUCUGAGAUGGAGGAGUCUGUAUCACACCCCGCUUGUCAACAAGAAGGGCAGGACCUCAGUCAACUGACAGAAGAAACCAGUUCUAAAGAUCAAGGAGAACAAAGUUCCCAUGAGUGAAACAUGCCAUAUAAAAAAAGUACCUAACCAGAGCAACCAUGAUAAACCACAUCAUGUUUACAAUUGUGAUGUUGUUUGCUCUUGUGAUCACAUGUCAAGAUUUAUAGCUAAGCAGAAUGCAGCUUUACCGAAAACCCACAUUUUCAGCAACAUUGAUAUCAUGAGAUACAAGAAGUCUCCAUGAUCCCAUGUUAUAGAGAAAGAAGAACACAGAUGGAUGACGUUUUACCAUGCCCUGUAUUUUUUUAAGCAGAGUGUCCUUAAAUUAAGAAAAUGGCAAUUAAUAUAUGUGACACUUUAGACUGUUUAUUCCAAGAACUUUGUGCUAAAUGAUAAAUAAAUAAAU